GCUGCGAUGUUAGAGAAGCUGGCCACGACGACCUUCUGUGAGAUCCAAAGGAUGAGAAGUUGUUUGCUCAAUGAUGAUGCUAUACAACGUCCGGUCCAGCAACGCCAGGAUGCCCAUCAGGUAUGGGGCCAGAGGUUUUUUUGAUGGAGGUCCAACCAGAUCGUUCUCAUGUAUGACAUUAGUAUUACAGUAUUACUCUGACUUCCGUGGUCUCAAUUCACUGCACGAAGCUGCCCCCUCUCAUCAGCACUGCAAGGAAGCACAUUUCUUGGCCGCUUAUUCCACCGCAACCCCUCCGAUGCCCACCAUACGUCAUCAUCUCUCCUCUCGACUGGACUCGAAACCUAUUCACACGACGCAGAUGAAAGCACCGAAUCGCAUAGGCGUGGACCAACAAUCGUCGAGGUCCCGUGUGCCCCGGGCAAAUGCCAAAGGAAUAACGGAAGCGAAUCCAAUUGCCCUCGAAGAUCUUUACUGUGAGCAGCUCACGGUAAUCAUUAAGAUCCUCGGCAAUUUCUCUCAUACUUUCUCUAGUUUAGUUUGGAUUUACAUAUUUUCCAUUGUUGUCUUCUCCCCACUCACUCUGCUACUCUGCUACAUAACAGAUGUUUUCGAACCAUUCUUGUGUACGAUACCGCACGCCUUUCAGAGCUUCAUCUCCCAUCACUGGCUGGCCACCGUAUCAUAAUCAAUCUUCAUGACAGAAUAUCAUGGAGGCUACAGGUUGAACGUCGAACGUUGAUUGUCGAUACAAGAUCCCAAAAUUGUGUUGUGACAUACAGUUGUCUAUGCCAUAAUGUAUACGCCCUUAGUGUAUGUUUUCA